AUGGGUCGUCGCCUGCCGUGGAACCACCCCCACCUGCGACUCAAUUCCGCCGCCGCCGCCCCGUCCACGAGCAAACAGCAGCGCCUCAACCCUGAGCUUAAAUCUCACCUCAGCCCUCACAUCCAUACGCCCUGCCCCGAUUCCAACGAUAUGCCUUACAGCAAAACACCCCGAUCGUCCCGAGCCCGUGGUCGUCUCAUGCAAAACGACCACACCCCUUCCAAAGCACCCUCGUCCUCUGCCAGGCCGUACACCUCUUCGAGGAAGCAACGCCUCAGUGGUCUCUACGCAGACGGCAUCUGGUACUGCAACUGUGAACCCCGCUGUGAGGCUAAGCAAUAUCCCGUCAAGAAGAAGAGCCCCAAUAAGGGCAAGCUCUUCUGGACCUGCGUCCUCCGCGCCUGCGACUUCUUCCUCUGGGAUGAUGAUGCUGCCGCCCGCACCCUGGGCCUCACCGUAACGACCAUCGAAGACCCUGUCCCUCGAACUGAGCCGUCUCCCGUUGCACCGUCUUCAACCCGCCCCAAGGGCAAGCAGCCAGAGCUGGCAGAACCCCCUUCGACCGCUCCAGCCGACCGCAGCCCCAAGAGCAAGAUUUGCGACUUUUUCCCCAAAUCACCCAGAAACGAGAUCGCCAAGGCGGCAGUGCGAGCUGCCAUUGACAUAUCGUCUGAGGAGGACAAUGGAGUGCAUGCGCCUGCCGGCCCUGCUUCCUCCAAGCAGGCACCAUUGACGGCGAGCAAACGCCAGAGGAGCCAAGUCCACGAGGAAGAAGACCUGAUCGGCGACCUCUCCUCCGAUGAGGAACGGCAGCUCAACGAGGCCGUGACGCGCAGCUCUCAGAAACUCCGCGGCAACAACCUCCAACCCCAGAGCUUCCUUACCCCUGCAACCGAGCGUACCACGGAUCUUCUCAACGGCAUGCCUACCCCGGCCACAGCCCGCGUUCUCUUCCCAGGCCCCAAGCUCAAGCGCCUCAAAACGUCGAAUGACGACUUGGGCACCGUGUCUCCCGGCCUCGAAACCCCGCAACAGACACCUGCGACCUCGCGCACCCGUGACGCCCUGCAGAGUAGUCCCGCCACCCACAGCGACGCCGAGAUUGAGAUCACGGAAGCGGUCAUGGCGCUGCUCAGGGACCAGCAUCUACCCCCCGCCCUCACGCUUUCGCUCAGAAACACACUCGACCGACACGCUGCGCGCACGCGCGGCUUGAUCAAGGGGCGCGAUGCCGUCCGGGGCCAGCUGAGAGCCAAGGACGAGAGGGUCGCGCAGCUGCAGGAAAGAAUCGUGGCGCUGGAGAAUAAGAACAAAGCCAUGAGAGCUUCGCUGACGGAUAUGAAGGCAGGAUUGCAAAACUUGUAUGCUCAGCAUUGA